AUGAAUAUAUUAUGUUGCGUAGUAAUAUUAAUGGUGACUUUUGAUAAAAGUGUCACAUGUUUCGAUCAGUUUACCAGACAUAAUAUAUCUCUAAAUAACACACAGAGAACCAGUAAAUUUCUCUUUGACACUAUCUUUCGCAUUAGUUCCGGGGUUUCAAACGCUUUCGGUCUUGAAACAGAAGACGAUGUGGAAUACAGCGAGAACAACAGCCUGUCAACCUGUGACUGUGAUUGUGGAUUUUCAAAUGAAGAAAAUAGAAUUGUCGGCGGAAAGCCAACGGGCAUAAACCAAUACCCAUGGAUGGCACGAAUCAUUUAUGAUGGCAAAUUUCACUGCGGAGGAUCUUUGCUAACCAAGGAUUACGUUAUUUCGGCUGCUCAUUGUAUAAAAAAGUUGAGACGAUCCAAAAUCCGAAUAAUAUUUGGUGAUCAUGAUCAACAGAUAACGUCGGAGUCUCAGGCAAUCCAAAGAGCUGUUACUGCUGUCAUAAAGCACAAAAACUUUGAUCCAGAUACCUAUAACAACGACAUUGCAUUGCUUAGACUCCGGAAACCUAUUUUAUUUUCAAAAAUAAUAAAACCAGUUUGUCUACCGCGAUACAACUAUGAUCCCGCAGGUCGCAUAGGAACUGUCGUUGGUUGGGGUCGAACUUCCGAAGGAGGAGAGCUGCCCUCUAUUGUGAAUCAAGUUAAGGUUCCAAUAAUGUCUCUUGCGGAAUGCCGAACUCAAAAAUAUAAAAGCACGCGAAUAACGUCAACAAUGUUAUGUGCUGGAAGGCCUCAGAUGGACUCAUGUCAAGGUGAUAGCGGUGGACCGCUUUUGUUAUCCAAUGGGGUCAAAUAUUUUAUAGUGGGUGUUGUAUCGUGGGGUGUUGGAUGCGGACGCGAAGGAUAUCCUGGGGUCUAUACGCGUAUAAGUAAAUUCAUUCCUUGGAUAAAGUCCAAUUUAGAAAAUACUUGCUUGUGUUCAUAGUAAAAUAUUAAAUAA